AUGUGUUUGCUGCACAUCUGCCUUAUAAUGCUGUUCUUCACUGAAAUCUCUUCUCUGGACUGUACCAUCCUUCACUUCCAGCAAAAUAAAAUGAACAUGGAAAGCUUAGAGCUUCUGAGCAAAAUGGGUGGACAAUUUCCUCUACAAUGCCUAAAUGAAAAUAGGAACUUCAGGCUCCCCCAGAAAGCUCUCAGGCCCAGAGAGUCCCAGGAGAAGAAUGCCAAGAUGGUAAUCCAGGAGAUCCUCCAACAGAUCUUCAAUAUCUUCAGCAAAAACCUCACGCAAGCUGCCUGGGACAGGAGUUCUGUAGAGACAUUACAAAAUGGACUUCACCAGCAAACUGAGAAGCUAGAAACAUGUUUGCAUUUAGAGAUGGAGAAUGAGAGACCCUUUUUGGGCAACAAGAAACUCCUGUUCCCCAUGUUGAAACUGAAGAAAUACUUCCAAAGAAUCAGGGAUUUCCUGAAAGAAAAACAAUAUAGCUUGUGUGCCUGGGAGACCAUCCGCUUGGAAAUGGGGAGAUGUCUUUUGUUUGUUGACCAGCUGAUAAAAAGGCUUAAAAACUAAGCUUGGAAUUAUCAGUACUUCAGCUACAGAUAUAAAGACAACCGAAUGAAAUAGUCUACGCCAGAAUCUCACCUUUCUCAGUUGCCUCUUCUAAGUGAAAAGUUUCUGCCUUUUGAAUUAAGCAACAGACUGAGAUAACAUGCACUCUACACGUGUUCUGUAUGAUCAAAUUCACUUUCAUGAUAUUUUGAAAUGCUUUGUUCACGUCUUAAAAUUCACAGAAGAGGAAAAUGAUGGUAGCGGAGCAGGGAAACCACUUUGUUAAAAAACGAAAGUUUUAAGACUUGGACUUAAAUCAGUUCAGAAACAUGGAUUAAAAUAUAUUGAGUCUGCAAAAGACUUUACAAUCCACAGUUGAUAUUAACAGACAGGGAGUGUAAGACUACCUGAACUUGACAGCUAUGUGUCUGCUGCAAAUGCAAAGAUGACAGUCCAAGAGAUCGCACAUCAGAGCUUCAGUGUCUUUAAUACAAAUCUCACCCAAAUUGCCCGGAAUGGUAAUUCCGUAAAGACAUGCCAAAAUGAACAUCAUGGAGACAUGUUCAGAUGCAGAUUUGGAGGGGAAAAAAUCAAUUCAGGAAGUGUGUGGAUCUAAAGCUUUACCCUGACACUGACAGGGGAAUGAAACAUUGCAAAGACCUAUUUCCCAAAAGGUGAACUUAUUUGCUUAUAUGCCUGAGAAAUUCUCCAAACAGAAACUAAGUUAAGUUAUCUGUUUACUCAACAUCAGAAGGCUUAAAGUCUGAUAUAAAGGUCAG